GAUUGGGAUUUGGGGGAGGAGAUUCGCUUACACACAGGAGCCAAGCAUUGAGCGGCCAUAUCUGCCACCGCCACCGCAGCUGUGGAUGCAGCAUCUGCGCUCAGCUGCCUCCGCGCCUCUAAGGUUCGUGAAGCUACCCGGUGGACGUUGGCUGUUCUGCCUUGCCACCAUCUGUGCAAACAGCUCGUUCUGACCUGCCUACCCCCUCCUUCUCCGCCGCACCCCGGCUUCUCAGACCAUGGAUCUCGGCAGCAGCAGCGACUCAGCUCCCGACUGCUGGGAUCAGAUGGACAUGGAAGUCCCGGGUUCGGCUCCGAGUGGGGAUGGAAUCGCCUCUGCAAACACGGCAGCGGCUGAAGCAGCGGAAGCGGAGGCCCUGCGCCAGCAUCUCAGCAUGGCCUUCAGCAGUCAGCUCAACAUCAACGCCAAACCUUUCGUGCCUAGCGUAAGCGCUGCGGAGUUCGUGCAGUCCUUCCUGCCGGGAUCGGCCCAGCCGCCCGCCCCCACAGCCUCCAGCAGCAAUGAAACCUGCACCAGCGCCGGAGACCCUCAAGGUAAAAGGCUGGGAUGGGGAGCACCUGUGGAACCUUCCAAAGAUGGACCUUUAGUGUCGUGGGAAGGUUCCAGUUCAGCUGUUACCAUGGAACUUUCAGAACCUGUUGUAGAAAAUGGAGAGGUGGAGAUGGCCCUGGAAGAAUCGUGUGAGCUUAAAGAAGUAAGUGAAGCAAAGCCUGGGGGUUCUUUGGGAGAGUCAGGGCCCCCAGAAGAAAGUGGCAAGGAAAUGAUGGAGGAGAAAGAGGAAAUAAGGAAAUCCAAAUCAAUGGUCAUACCAUCAGGUGCUCCUAAGAAAGAACACGUAAAUGUGGUGUUCAUUGGGCAUGUAGAUGCUGGCAAGUCAACCAUUGGAGGACAAAUAAUGUUUUUGACUGGAAUGGUUGACAGGAGGACACUUGAGAAAUACGAAAGAGAAGCUAAGGAGAAGAAUAGAGAGACUUGGUAUUUGUCCUGGGCCUUAGACACAAACCAGGAGGAACGAGACAAGGGUAAAACAGUGGAAGUGGGGCGUGCGUAUUUUGAAACAGAAAAGAAACACUUCACAAUUUUAGAUGCCCCUGGCCACAAGAGUUUUGUCCCAAAUAUGAUUGGUGGUGCUUCUCAAGCUGAUUUGGCUGUGCUGGUCAUCUCUGCCAGGAAAGGAGAAUUUGAAACUGGCUUUGAAAAAGGUGGACAGACAAGAGAGCAUGCGAUGUUGGCCAAAACAGCAGGGGUAAAAUACUUAAUAGUGCUUAUUAAUAAAAUGGAUGACCCUACAGUAGAUUGGAGCAGUGAGCGAUAUGAAGAAUGUAAAGAGAAACUGGUGCCCUUUUUGAAAAAAGUUGGCUUCAGUCCAAAAAAGGACAUCCACUUUAUGCCCUGCUCAGGACUGACCGGAGCAAAUAUUAAAGAGCAAUCAGAUUUCUGUCCUUGGUACACUGGAUUACCAUUUAUUCCAUAUUUGGAUAGUUUGCCAAACUUCAACAGAUCAAUCGAUGGACCAAUUAGGUUGCCAAUUGUGGAUAAGUACAAGGAUAUGGGCACUGUGGUCCUGGGAAAGCUGGAAUCAGGAUCUAUUUUUAAAGGCCAGCAGCUUGUGAUGAUGCCCAACAAGCACAAUGUGGAAGUUCUAGGAAUAGUCUCUGAUGAUGCUGAAACUGAUUUUGUAGCUCCAGGGGAAAACCUCAAAAUCAGACUGAAAGGAAUUGAAGAAGAAGAGAUUCUUCCAGGCUUCAUACUUUGUGAACCCAGUAAUCUUUGCCACUCUGGACGCACAUUUGAUGUUCAGAUUGUGAUUAUUGAGCACAAGUCUAUCAUCUGCCCAGGUUAUAAUGCGGUGCUUCACAUUCAUACCUGUAUUGAGGAAGUUGAGAUAACAGCCUUAAUCUCCUUGGUAGACAAGAAAUCAGGAGAAAAGAGUAAGACACGGCCCCGCUUUGUGAAACAAGACCAAGUGUGUAUUGCCCGAUUAAGGACAGCAGGGACUAUCUGCCUGGAGACCUUUAAAGAUUUCCCUCAGAUGGGUCGUUUUACUUUAAGAGAUGAGGGUAAGACAAUCGCAAUUGGCAAAGUUCUGAAACUGGUCCCAGAGAAGGACUAAGUGAUUUCAUUGUUGCCUCUGCACCGUAGUCUGAAAUAUUGACUGCAAUUUACUGCCCAUUGACUGAUAUUUGUUCACAUUUUGCAGAGAAAGUUCACAGCAAAAAUCCAUGUUUUGUCAGCUUUCUCAUGUUGAGAUCUCAGUUAUGUCACUCUUGAAUGCAUACUCCAGUUUUUUCCCUCUACACCACUCUGCUUCCUUGGACAGAUCAGUAAUAGCUUUGUAAGUGAUGUGUAUGCAAUUGCCUAUAAUACUACAAAUAAUAUAUUUAAAAAUUUUAUUUUCCCUUUGGGAUAUCUAGACAUCCUUUGUUCUGUGCAGAACAAUCAGUGUGUCAGUGUGUAUAUGUUAAUGAAGACAAAUAACAUGUAAAUAAAGUGUUCCAUUUGAAACUGCA